CACGCCGUCGGCCGGACUACAUUUUCAUUCGCCCUCAUGUCACGAACAAAGCUAGAUCGACAUUUUUGUGCUCUGUGGGAACCACCAGUGUGAUGGAAUAGUUUUGGCCUAACGGCUUCGCACCGUAAGGUGCCAGCACCUUCAAUCACCAAAAUGGAGUUUUCAGGCUUCAACGCCUCUUUGCCCGCCCGCGCAUUGGCAAGACAAAACCUUGUGGACCAUUCUCAUCGGACCAGUACAUUUACCCAUUUAUCCAAAUCGGGAGCCCUCACUGCAAGGCAUGGAUGCCAAUUGGGAUAUCGAUUCGGUUGUGGAGCUGUGCUGCUCCAAGCUCAUCCAAGAUGGUGGGCUGCACGCAUUUGAAGAUGCAGGCAACCUAGACUGGCUGGACGAAAAGGUGGACUUGUCCGCCUGGACCCAGCUGGACUUCCCGGAUGACCUGUCCCCAGUGAUGUUGGAGGCCAGCGACUUCCAGGCGGCUCUCCAAUCUGAUCAGUCCAGCAACUGCGGCUUGGCGCCCAAGGGUGAUGGCUAUUGGGAGAGCCCAGCUGCAUCCCCCUAUUCUCCCGACUUCCUGUCCCCUCCCGUUUCGCCAACUCACUCUCCCCCGACGCCCACUGCAAUCGUCCCAAACGUCGAUAUCUUCAUAAACUUCGACAGCCACAACCUCCACAGAGGAGAGAGCAUUCCAAGCUGGUCUGCGGACGCCGAUGCAGCUUCGGGCACAAGUUCACUCUCGCCUCCGCCAACUCCAUCGUCCUUGGAUGUUCCGCCUGCGGCAUCAUCAGUGGUAGAAGUUCCGUAUGCUAUUGCAUCGGCUCCUGCUUCGCCAUCGUACUUUGCAGCCUACUGCAGUCGUGCUGGGUCACCAGUUGAGAUUUCGGAGACUUCUGUUGAGCCUGCAGUGUCACCUGUUCAACCAGUGGAAGUUAUAAUUGGUGACAUAAAAUCGGAGCCAACGUCACCAUGUCGCCUCUCAGGCAGCCAGGUGGCAUUUCCGAUCGAGUGCGAUAUAUCUCUUGACCCAGUGAGCUCGCCAGUUCCAAGCACAAGCACUUCAAGCUUCGUUGGUGCUGGAAGCAUUGAUCUUGUUUUGCCAAGCGAGCCAAGCUCACCAGCAAGUUGCCACUCUGUGCCCUCACCAUUGCCUGGUCAAGACCAGUUUGCCAAAAGCUCUUCACCGUGUGGAAGCCCAGACCGCGAAGAUGAUGGGUGCGAUGACGACGAUCCUAUGGACGCCGACUUCACGCCCGACGUCAACAGGUCUGAUUCGGAGUCUGCGCUCGACUCGGUGUCGGGAAGCGAGGAGCCACCUCGCAAGAAAAAGCGAACGGUUAAACGCCGGCCCCGGGCCAAGGCAGAUGUGAGCAGCCGUAAGGAAAGGAAGCGUCUGCAGAACAAGGACGCAGCAACACGCUACCGGCAAAAGAAGAAGCAAGAGUUUGGCAAGAUUGAAGAAGAGUUCGACAAGCUUGCGGCGAAAAAUGCCAGCCUUCAGUCGGAGGCACAACGCAUCACAAAUGAAAUUUCGUAUCUCAAGGGCCUGAUGCGAGAGCUUUUCAGAGCAAAAGGGCUGAUAAAGUAGGGCUUUGUACAUGUGUACUUAAAUGGCAUGUAAAGUGUUUAUUUACAAAGCUUA